UUGACAUUGAUGAUUGACGUUUUUGCUAUAAUACUGUAUUCGUUUUCAUUCCAGCAUUUUCUUGAAAAUUUAAAUUAAAUAUAAAAUAAAUAAUGGCCACCCCAGUGAAGAAACCAGACUCUCUAUCAAAAAUGUUUAACGAAAGGAUUGUUAGUACUCGUUCUGAUCGAGUGAUACGAAAAAAGGCGAUAAAACUAGGAGACUACACCUUGGUUCCUUACGAAGACUCUCGCUGCAAGAUUACUCUAAGUGAUGUUCAGUGUUCCAACGCAGCAGGACCUUGUGAGAUUGACCCAGUCAGUCGCAUAUUUAGUCAAUCCUUUGAUGGGAACGUGUUGAUUGGCGACUCUGAUUCCUACAUAGACAAGGACUUCGAGUUGAUAUUGCAGCAGAUGUGCUGCGGAGAGGUCUGUGAGGCCAGUAUAGCUUACAAGAACGGAGAUGGAACGGUGAUGAAGGAGAUACGAUGCAAGAUAGAGCUGAGGGAAGUGACUGAGGAGCAGUUGAUCAGUGAUUGGAGCUGGGAGAGGCUGUACGAAGCUUCUGUACAUCACAAGGAGCGGGGAGUAGAUCUGAUUAAGCAAGGCAGGACUGCGGACGCCUUCCGAAGAUUCAACAAGGCUCUGAAGAUGCUGAUCGCUAUAGAACCCGUGGACCCCAAGGUCGUCAGUGAGCAGGUGGUGAAAGAUAUGAUAGAACUGAAGGUAAAGCUGUACAACAACUUGGCGCACUGCCAGCUUCAGUAUGACGAGUACGAAGCUGCCAUAGAACUCUGUGAGAAGGCUCUCAAGUUCGACCCAGUCAAUGUGAAAGCACUUUACAGGAAGUGCACGGCUCACUCCGGCCUCCACAUGUACGAGGAAGCCUGGAAGGACAUACAAGAAGCCCUACGGAUAGAACCCAAUGACAAAGCAGCUCAGCUAAAGGCAAACUCCUUAAUACCCAAAAUUGAGAAGAUAAACAAAGAUUACACAACGGUUAUCAAGAAGAUGUUUGGUUAAACGGUUAAAUAGCUGUUGUUACUUGUUGUUAGUGGCCAUUGUGUGACUGCGGAGGUGGACAUCUUGAGCACCGGACUGUAUCCUGUGGCCUGUUGUUGUAGGAGCUCAUUGCUCCACUCUGUGCAUUGUUGUACAGACGUUAGAACAUCAACCAACUCCAAUCUGUC